AUGAUUGCCUUAGCAGAAGAGAAGGCCCCUAGAAAAUCCCUAUGGCAAAGGCACAGAGCUUUUCUUAGCGGAAUAGUUGCUCUUAUCAUCAUUGGUACCUUUUUCCUCACCUCAGGUGUCCGCCCAGUACAACCCCAUGAAGUAAAGCGUCCACAUGAUGGUAAAGGUUAUCGUCACUCACCCAAAUGUGAGAAGAUUGAAGCAUUGAGCCCAUCGUUCAAACAUUCUGUCGACACAAUUCUUCAUGACCCUACGUUUAGAAACGGUUCCAUUGAAAAAUUGUCCAACGCUGUUAGAAUCCCCACUGUAGUGCAAGACAAAAACCCUCAUCCUGCAGACGAUCCGGACUUUUAUAAGCAUUUUUAUGAAUUACAUGAGUAUUUUGAGAAGACUUUUCCCAACAUUCACGAGAAUUUGAAAUUGGAGAAGGUCAAUGAGCUGGGUCUUCUAUACACAUGGGAGGGAUCUAAUCCUGACCUAAAACCAUUACUGCUCAUGGCCCAUCAAGAUGUUGUCCCUGUAAACAACGAAACUCUAUCAUCUUGGACUUUUCCUCCAUUCUCAGGUCAUUAUGACCCAGAAACUGAUUUUGUUUGGGGUCGUGGUUCUAACGACUGUAAAAAUUUAUUGAUUGCCGAGUUUGAAGCUAUUGAACAACUGUUGAUUGAUGGAUUCAAGCCAAACAGGACUGUUAUAAUGUCGCUUGGUUUUGACGAGGAAGCAAGUGGCACCCUCGGUGCCGCCAGCUUAGCGCCAUUUCUUCAUGAAAGAUACGGUGAUGAUGGUAUUUAUAGUAUCAUCGACGAAGGUGAAGGUAUCAUGGAAGUCGAUAAGGAUGUCUUUGUUGCCACUCCAAUCAACGCUGAAAAAGGCUAUGUCGACUUCGAAGUCAGUAUCCUAGGCCAUGGUGGUCAUUCUUCUGUCCCACCUGAUCAUACUACUAUUGGUGUUGCUUCAGAAUUGAUUACUGAAUUCGAAGCUAACCCAUUUGAUUACGAGUUCGAGUUUGACAAUCCAAUCUAUGGAUUGUUAACAUGUGCUGCUGAACAUUCUAAAUCUCUAAGUAAGGAUGUGAAAAAAACAAUUUUGGGUGCACCAUUCUGUCCUAGAAGAAAAGACAAGCUUGUUGAUUAUAUUUCUAAGCAAGCCCACUUACGCAGUUUAAUAAGAACUACGCAAGCUGUGGAUAUAAUCAAUGGUGGUGUCAAAGCUAAUGCUCUACCUGAAACCACCAGAUUCUUGAUUAACCACAGAAUCAAUUUACACUCAUCUGUGGCUGAAGUCUUUGAGAGAAACUUGGACUACGCAAAGAAGGUUGCUGAGAAGUAUGGCUAUGGACUUUCUAAGAACGGUGAUUUCAUUAUCCCUGAAACCGACUUAGGUCACAUUGACAUUACUCUCUUGAGAGAGUUGGAACCUGCACCAGUAUCACCAAGUUCUGGUCCUGUUUGGGACAUUUUGGCAGGAACCAUCCAAGACGUUUUUGAAAACGGUGUUUUACAAAACAACGAAGAGUUCUAUGUUACUACUGGUUUAUUCUCAGGGAAUACCGAUACCAAAUACUACUGGAAUUUGUCCAAAAACAUUUAUAGGUUUGUUGGCUCUAUUAUUGAUAUAAAUUUACUCAAGACCUUACAUUCCGUUAAUGAACACGUGGAUGUCCCAGGUCAUUUAUCCGCCAUCGCCUUUGUUUACGAGUAUAUUGUUAAUGUUAACGAAUAUGCUUGA